GGAACAUGGUCCAUGGGGUCACGAUGGGUGGGACACAACUUCGCAACUAACAACGACAACAAUUUUAGCAGACGGAGCCUUCUAACGUUGUGUCCACCUCUGCCUUUUCAGCAAGAGCACACAGACAUCUUGUGCAGCUUGAGGUUCACAUUGGCUUUUGUCCACUAUGUGAUGGAGCUCGCCGCCAUCAAAGGUAGCGCCAAUGAGAUGUCCAGCUCAGUGGCCUCGGAGUACCAGCUCCAGGAAAGCGUCGUUGCUGACCAAAUCAGUUUGCUCAGCAAGGAAUGGAGCUACGCGGAACAGCUGGUCUUGUACUUGAAAGUGGCUGAAUUGCUGUCCGCCGGACUUCAGAUGGCCAUUGACCAGAUCCGGGCAGGCAAGCUGUGUCUCUCUUCCACCGUCAAGCAAAUUGUGAGAAAACUCAACGAUCUGUAUAAAAGCAGCGUCACUUCGUGCCAUCACCUGAACUUAAGGUUGCAGAGGUGGUUCAUGGACAAGCAGAAGCUCAUGGACCGCAUCAACAGCAUCACGGCGGAGAAGCUCAUCUUCAGCCACGCUGUGCAGAUG